AUUUUAAAUGUAUCCUAGUGUGUCCUAGUAAACUAUAAUACGAAUGUCGGCUUUCUGCCAGCACAUAGUAUUUAUCGUAAUAUGAAAUAUCUAAUAAUAACACUCUUAGUAGUUGUUUUAUUGUUGAAGUUGAUUAACUUGCUUUAUAACUUAUAAUAUAUUGAAAUACACAUUUAUUUUGUUGGAGUUUUAAUUCUAUUGUGUUAUAUCUACUAUGUGUUCGUUGGCUAAAAAUAACAGAAUAACUUCAAUGAACGUUCAAGGGAAAAGUGGGUCUCAAUAAGUGGGAUCUAUGGGACCAAUGGGAUCAUCGGAAACGGUUUCAAAACAUUUUGUUUACAUUGAUAAAUCGAAAUGUGUCCGUUGUUCGGAGGGGCUUUCGUUCAAGAAUAACAACAGUGUUGAUGAUGAUGAUGACAGUAACGAUGGCACUUAUGAGACAGAUACUGUUAAUACGACACUGAAUGUGGGAGAACAAGUUACAUUGAAUCAACGUUGUGUCGUCAAGAGCCUUCUGGCUGGGAUUGUAACGUUGACCGCCAUUACAUUGAUUGUCAUCGUUUCUGCUGCCAACAGAGAUCAUAAGGGAGGCGAAGCUCGGAAGCCACUAAAACUGGUUAGUCUCCCCUUGCCUAUGCAGCCAUAGCCAUUUCUCUGAAUUGCUUUUGCUCUCUUCUGUAGCUCAUAAUAUGUAAUUAAUUUUUUUUUAAAUUUAAAAUCACAAUGGCUAUUCAAAUUGGGUAUCUUAAGUUAAAAUCUAUCAUUUAUUUUCUAAGGGGAUCAUUACAUAAAUACAUAAACAAAGAGCUUUUUCGUCCAGACAAACAUGUCAUAAUAUAGGUUGAUAGUUUUUCUUGUAACGGGGUAUUUUAAUGGUGGCUCAGGUUAAAGGUCAAAGCGUUCCAAACAUUACGAGAGGGAGGGGACACAAUUACAGUGCGCUUAAAAUCUUUCAAAUGGGGUGGGGAAAAGCAGCGACAAAGGGGGUAACAAACGCUAACAAAGGUGACCAGUGGAGACUGUAGCAGAAUAAAAGUGACUAAAAACAUCUGAAUUAGGUCAAUAAUUUUUUAACAUUGAUUUCAUGUACCCAUUCCAUAGGUCAAACAUAGCAACGAAUAAUAGUGGUGAAUUAUUUUUUAAAAAAAAAUAAAUGUGGUGAAUUAAAAUUGAAUUAUCUACAUCUGAGGACCAUCUCGUCUCUGCCUUCCGUUUGUUUAUGUUCUAAGACAAGAGUCUAAGACUGUGGUGGGAAACUUGCUGCCUUGAGAUUAGAGACCGACCGAAAGUGAUUUUUGUAUUUCGGCUGAAGCUGAAAAUAGGCCGAAAGUUUAAAAUGACUUUCGGCCGAAAAUGAAAUAUUUAGAUAUUUUGAAUUUCGUUCCCGCAUAUAUUCUGCAUACAUCGAAAAUGAUGGUGGGAAAUUAUAAAUAUUUACAUUCUUUUGUUAAAAAAUGAGAGAAACUUACUUCUUCAUUUUAACUAAAAUAAACUACCACAAAUGACAUCAAAAUGCCUGAGACUAAUGGUACCCGGGUGCGAAUGACGGCGCUGCGUGUCUGGGUCCAUUUUGACUCGGUGUUAUUCGGAUGUCAUUUGUGGUAGUUUAUUUUAUUUAAACUGAAGAAUUAAGUUUACAAACAUAUAGUUCAUUCAAUUAUUCAAUUAUCUUUCAUUUGAUAUCUCAUUUUGUCUUACAAACCCAACAAUAAAAUUUUAAAUCGUCUUUUAAUCCCAACCUCACACUUCUAGUACCCGGGUACUAAUAGUUGCAGCCAUAAUAUCAGGCCACUUAAUCAAGCUAUCCAUGUUUAACAAUCUGUCGCUGUCUUAGGCUCCCAAAAUAGAGUAAUUAUUUGUGGGUAUUCACCCGCUGUCUGUCGCUCAAUUAAUAGCCAAUAGUAUAUUUAAGCCACUUUCUUUCUGUUUGUUUGUUGUUUGUGUUGUCCACGCCCCCGUUAGUGACCUUUGCAGCCAGCACGUUUUUGCCUGACCUCCUACGCCCCUUCCACUGCACGGCGUGUGACGUCAAGUUGUACAUCUCUCCACAAAAGACACGUGGGCCCGUCUGUAGAUAUGAAAUCUUGGAGAUAAAAGUUCCAAGUAAUUACCACCAAAAAUGCAUCAUCUUUAUUCCAGUUCCAUUUGUUUUAAACUGGUGACUAGUCCUAAUAUCAGUGCACUGGCAAUGUGAGCGCGCUGGCCGUGAUCGUAUAGUGGUUAGUACUUCGCGUUGUGGCCGCGACAACCCAGGUUCGAAUCCUGGUCACGGCAAAUGGCUGCUGUGUGUCUCGCACUGCCAAGCUCCAUUGUUUUUUAAAAACUUUUUAAAUAAAAUUUAUUAAAUAACUUUACAUUUUAACCCCUACUUCGACAACCGAAAAUAAUAAAAAAAUCUGUUUUUCCUAUUUUACAAAGGGAAGAUGAAGGACACAUGAUGACACCAAUUUCAUGAAAUAAAAUUCCCGACAACUGCGCUAAAUGAGAUUCUUUUUUGAAAAAGUGGCAAGUGCGUUUGGAGCGUAAUGUUUUCUUAAAGCUGUGGUUUAAAAGCCAGUGGGGGCUUUUAGAAUAUGAAUAUAAUUUUUUUUUAAAUGUUAAUGUAUUUUGAAUUUAUACAAAAAUUGUUUGUUUUUAAGGGUUGUUUGAUUAUAUUUAUUUACUUGCAAAUUAAAGUCACUAUCACAUCAUAUAUGGAGGCCUGCAUCAGAUACAUCGGCUGAAAGUGCACUGUACACUAUCUGAUUAUUUCGGUAGGCCUGCAUCAUAUACAUCGGCUGAAAGUGCACUGUACACUAUCUGAUUAUUUCGGUAGGCCUGCAUCAGAUACAUCGGCUGAAAGUGCACUGUACACUAUCUGAUUAUUUCGGUAGGCCUGCAUCAGAUACAUCGGCUGAAAGUGCACUGUACACUAUCUGAUUAUUUCGUACCAGGGUUUAACCAGCCGCAGUACACUAGGUCCGGAUAUUUUGAGAAAAUACCCACUGGUUCAAACAAAGAAGAUUUCACUUCUCAUGUUCUAUAAGAUGCAACGAGAUCCACUGCCCUAUGUCGUAGUGAGAGUGCAUUGCCCCCAUGUUUUUGUCAGAGUGCAUUGCCCUAUGUCGUAAUGAGAGUGCAUUCCCCCAUGUUUUAGUCAGAGUGCAUUGCCCCAUGUUGAGUGCAUUGCCCUAUGUCGUAGUGAGAGUGCAUUGCCCCAUGUUUUAGUCAAAGUGCAUUGCCCUAUGUCGUAGUGAGAGUGCAUUGCCCCAUGUUUUAGUCAGAGUGUAUUGCCCUAUGUCGUAGUGAGAGUGCAUUGCCCCAUGUUUUAGUCAGAGUGCAUAGCCCCAUGUUUUAGUCAGAGUGCAUUGCCCUAUGUCGUAGUGAGAGUGCAUUGCCCCAUGUUUUAGUCAGGGUGCAUUGCCCUAUGUCGCAGUGAGAGUGCAUUGCCCCAUGUNAGAGUGUAUUGCCCUAUGUCGUAGUGAGAGUGCAGUGCCCCAUGUUUUAGUCAGAGUGCAUAGCCCCAUGUCUUAGUCAGAGUGCAUUGCCCUAUGUCGUAGUGAGAGUGCAUUGCCCCAUGUUUUAGUCAGGGUGCAUUGCCCUAUGUCGCAGUGAGAGUGCAUUGCCCCAUGUUUUAGUCAGGGUGCAUUGCCCUAUGUCGUAGUGAGAGUGCAUUGCCCCAUGUUUUAGUCAGAGUGCAUUGCCCUAUGUCGUAUUGAGAGUGCAUUGCUUCCGUCAACCGUUUGUGUCAAGAAAAGAAAAAAAAACACUGAUAGGAAACAGACAGUUGCCGGAUCCCGGAGUAGAAAUGACGUUGUACAAAAUCACGUCGACGGAGAAGAUGCUGUCGUUAAUUUUAUAACAAAGAAAAAAACUGUCGUAUAACGAAAAUAGCAGUAGCAUCCUGUACCAGGCUGUGGGAAAUGAUCACAGGCGCAGGCAUGCCCGAAGUGAAAGAACGGCCCAUGACCCAGUUCUGUGUGGUGUGCAGCCUAUGACCUAGUUCUAUGUGGUGUGCAGCCCAUGACUCAGUUCUGUGUGGUGUGCAGCCUAUGACCUAGUUCUGUGUGGUGUGCAGCCUAUGACCUAGUUCUAUGUGGUGUGCAGCCCAUGACUCAGUUCUGUGUGAUGUGCAGCCCAUGACCCAGUUCUGUGUGGUGUGCAGCCCAUGACCCAGGUCUGUGUGGUGUGCAGCCCAUGACCCAAUUCUGUGUGGUGUGCAGCCCAUGACCCAGUUCUGUGUGGUGUGCAGCCCAUGACCCAGGUCUGUGUGGUGUGCAGCCCAUGACCCAAUUCUGUGUGGUGUGCAGCUCAUGACCCAGUUCUCUGUGGUGUGCAGCCCAUGACCCAGCUCUGUGUGGUGUGCAGCCCCCGAACAAAGAUGUGAAAAAACAGAUUUUUUGCCUCAGUGCUUUUAUAUAAAACUUGUGGAUUUUAAAAAUAAAAAAAAAAUUAUUAUUAUUAUUAUUUAUUUUUUUUAGGGGGGGGGGGUUGAGUUGAAGAGGAAGCAGGAUGCACCAGAAGCAAACUAUAUAUAAGUUAUUAUAAGAGAUGAUCUGAAACUAUUGAAAGUACUACUAAAUGGUGUGGUGUUAUUUAGGCUUGCCCUGAUUUAAUAGCAGCAUAAUCGCUAAACUUAUCAAAAUCACAAGGCUAAGUUCAAACUGUUCUUAACAACGCAUCAAAAUUCAACCCAAUGAACCCAUCCGUCGUUUCAUUAUCUAAGAUACAAAGGCGAGUAGUCUCCCAAUUCAGUCGACCCACUAACAAAAUUUCCCCUGCGCUGUGAUGUCUGCCUUCCAUCUCACAGGUCAGCAGCGGACAGACCGCCGGUGGAGACCAACGCAUAACUCUGAGGCAUCAGUUUCUCAUCCGUGACGUUGCAGGCACUGGUCACUCUCAGGUCAUGUCGCUUGAUGACGACAAAAUGAUGUACGUCAUCGAGGACACUGAGAGCAAAUAUUACAAUUCGUACAUCGUUGUGGACUUUACCGAGGUGAGUCGUCAUGACCUUAGGGCACGUACAGUAGGACACUAGUGCUACUCAAACUUAGGGCACAUACUUACAGUAAUACACUGGUGCUACUCAAACUUAGGGCACAUACAGUAAUACACUGGUGCUACUCAAACUUAGGGCAUAAACUAACGCUGUUCAAACUGUUUCUGUGUAACGGAAGCAGGGACUAUAUUAAUCACAUUGCAGAAGGAACCGAUGAAAAAUUUAAUGAUAAUUUUACUCUUUUAAAAAUCAUUAAAAAUGUUCCAGGCUUUAGCAGACUGACUGAGGAACAGAUUUGAAUGUCAAUAAGUUUUUAAUAAUAUUUUUUUUAAUAAAACAAAAUAAUGUUUUUGUUUUUCUUUUGGUUUAUUCAGGUUUGGAGCAAAAAAUGUUAUAACUUAAUUAGAUCAAAUUUAAAAAUCUUGGCAUUCACCCCGCUAGUUACAAUUCUAAGCUACUCACUGUUUAUUUUAUGGUUUCGUGUUGAAAAAAAAAUUGCCCCCAUAACAGACCCUCAGCAAGGUUUCCGAGAAUUGUACUUCACGGCCCGAUGUUUUUGCUUUCGUGACCCGAUUUUGGAAACAGUGGCCAACAGAACAUUUUAUUUCAAAAUAAAUACUUUUAACUGUUGGAAACAGUGGCCAACAGAACAUUUGAUCUAAAAAUAAAUACUUUUAACUGUUGGAAACAGUGGCCAACAGAACAUUUGAUCUAAAAAUAAAUACUUUUAACUGUUGGAAACAGUGGCCAACAGAACAUUUGAUCUAAAAAUAAAUCCUUUUAACUGUUGGAAACAGUGGCCAACAGAACAUUUUAUUUCAAAAUAAAUACUUUUAACUGUUGGAAACAGUGGCCAACAGAACAUUUGAUCUAAAAAUAAAUACUUUUAACUGUUGGAAACAGUGCCAACAGAACAUUUGAUCUAAAAAUAAACGGUAGACUUUUUACUAACGAACAAAAUAAAUAUACAUAAAAUAAAGUGGCUGUUUCUAAAUUUCCUGUGCACAUCUCAAUUGCCGUUGAAAAAAUCGGUUUAAUAUGAUUAGAACACCAGUAGACUAAAUGAGCAACUAGAACACCAGUAGACUAAAUGAGCAACUAGAACACCAGUAGACUAAAUGAGCAACUAGAAAACCAGUAGACUAAAUGAGCAACUGGAACACCAGUAGACUAAAUGAGCAACUAGAACACCAGUAGACUAAAUGAGCAACUAGAACACCAGUAGACUAAAUGAGCAACUAGAACACCAGUAGACUAAAUGAGCAACUGGAACACCAGUAGACUAAAUGAGCAACUAGAACACCAGUAGACUAAAUGAGCAACUAGAACACCAGUAGACUAAAUGAGCAACUAGAACACCAGUAGACUAAAUGAGCAACUGGAACACCAGUAGACUAAAUGAGCAACUGGAACACCAGUAGACUAAAUGAGCAACUAGAACAGCAGUAGACUAAAUGAUCAACUAGAACACCAGUAGACUAAAUGAGCAACUAGAACACCAGUAGACUCAAUGAGCAACUGGAUAGUUUGUAAUGAGUGAAGUUUCGACUUUAUAAAAAAUUGAAGUUUACAAGUUGUUACAUUCGAAAAAAAUUAUCCAGCACGAAUAUUUUGAAUCAAAUCAGUUUUUUUAGCAUUGACCACGGAAUUAAGAUGAUCUGAUAGUAUUUCUUCUUCUGUGACAUAGACGUACAAAUGUAAACUACCUAAAAGGACGUCAUUGUUUAGAAGAUUAAGCUAAAUAAACAAAUAAUGUUUGUGUCAGUUUACCUAAAUAAUCAGUUAAUGUUAGUGUUAAUUUGCCUUUUGAAUAUUUGUUUGUUUUGUUUGCUUCUUCUAGGAAAAGGAGACCUUUUUGAUCGUGGCUAAGUCCAAGAAUGAGUUUGGUACAGACAUCCAAGAGACAUUGGUACUCUUCUGUGAAACGAGUCAGUUUGAUCGAGCUUUUCACGGCACCUUUGCCCAAGCGUCAAACAUUUUGAAAGUAUUCACUGAUUUAUUUUAAUGAAGGGAACACAAAAUAUUGCAGAUGUUCGCUCCACACUCUACAACUUUAAAGUGUUCAUCUUAUUAUCUCGACUUAAAUUAUGACACAAUAUCGAGCAAUUCGCUUUUGUUGUUUUUUCAAAAAUCUUGUUAAAGAAUCUUCCAUGUAGCCUACUCAGGGUCGGGGUUAGCAAAACUGUUAAAUAAUUUUUAGUUUUGAAAGUUUUAUUACAACUAAGUAGGCUAUAAGAAAUAAAACAUAAAGGUUACUUAGAUUUUAUAUAUAACAUAUAAUGGUCUAUUUCAAUUCAUCUUAACUAAGUCUUGCCAUUGGAUCAAAUGGGGAGACAACUUUUUGUGUGUGUUACAACGGUCUCAUUCCUACGCGUUAUAAUCGCCCCCACCCCUUGCCUCAAACCCAGUAUUAUCAAACUUCGCUUUGUCGAUGAGCACCCCAAUGAAUGUUAUAAUAUACCGAUGUAUCCUUAUUUUUCACAAAAAUUAUAAUUAAUUAAAGUAAUAUCUCAAGUUUUCAAAAUAGUUAUUGCAGUUAAAAUGCAAUUUUAAUGAAAUGAAAGGAAAACAUAUUUAAAUAUAUAUAUAUAUAUAUACAGUGCUUUUUUGUGCCGGUACGCACCGGUACGGCGUAACGGCACCUUUUUCAUUGUGGGGAAAAAAUUAUUACUUUUCUUGUAUUUUAACGUUUAUUAUUAAUUUAUUAUAGUACUAAUUUGUUAAAACUGAAUUACUUUAAAAUUGCAUCUUUGCAGUUGUGAUUAAGCUUGCAUCGAGAUGCGAACUGGUAGUUAAAAGUUGGGCAAUCCAUCACUGAGUACCCUAUUUUUUUUUUACAAAAAAAGCACUGUAUAUAUAUAACUAUUCAAUCGGCGUGCUAACCGUAAGUAAAGAAACGCUCACUUAUACACAGUGUUAUACAUAGUGUCAUCCAGUUGUCCUAAUUAUAAACAUUCUUUUAAAAUAAAAUCUUAACCACUGGUCUUCUAGUUUAAAGUAUUACCGUCAGUCCAAACAAAUUAUUAGGUAUUGCACUCAUUUUUUUUCUCAAUAAUUCCGAUAAUGUUUUCAAAUAGUUACACAUUUUAAAACAAAUUUGUUGUGGGAUAUCCAAUUAUUUCCUUUAAAGAGACUACCUGUUAUACCCUUCAGAAACGUUGGUUGGGAAAAAAGGAAUAAGCCCAUCACGGAAGAGUUGAUCAACAGCAUAACAUUCUUCAUUCGUGUAAAAAAAAAACCAACAUAUUUUCCGUGAAUUAAGUAUUUACAAUUUUGUAUGUGGUCAAAAUGAAGCCCCUGGUAUUAGGCGCUUCAGGCAGUUGCCCGCUUGGCCUGUACCUUAAGGCUGGAACUUAACAUACUUUAAACACUUUUUACAAAUAAAUCCAAGUACUUUUUAUUUUUUUUAAGGCUUUCUUUGUCGUGUUAUCAUUAGCAGGUUUUAAAAUUUUUUUUUUUUAAAAUCAGGUAGCUGAGUUUGAGGGCGUCCACAAGGGGUCAAAGGUCAAGUUUGUCAGUUCUUACAUUGGAGCGCCCGCAACUCUUGGUCGAUUCUUGUCUCUUGUCGUUAACGGCAGCUGUGAAAAUUUGACGAAAAGAUAUUUAUUUUCCUGGGAGAACUUGGGUGAGCCAAACUCUGACGGCUUCUUAGUUAUACUUCUAUUUAUAGAUGGGGCUGGAAAUGGAAAUGCAACGAAUGUCAAAUUUAAUGGAUUACGUCAUAAUCAUUAGGGAACUGCGCAGUAGUGUCUUUAAACAAAUAUUUAAAGAUUUUAUUAAACAUAUUAACUUUGCAUAAAAAUUGUGUUUGUUUGGCCAAUUUGAGCUAAUAUUAGAUUUAACAGAUAAUCGAAUGAUAUUUCAAAUGACCUUUAGAAAUGUUGCAUUUUAUUUUUAAAAUUUCACACAAAAACGGAGAUCAUUUGGCAAUUUUGCGUAAAAUUACGCCCCCUUUGAAAUUGUCUUUCUCGCUUCGUUCGCUAGUAAAUUCUAAGUUUAUUAUUAUUUUUUUUUAACGUUUAAUUAUUAUUAUUAUUAUUAUUAUUAUUCGGUUGAAUUAAUGUAUCAUUAGAACGAAAGGGAAAAAAAAUAAAAUUUCAAUUUUGUGCGUUGCAAAAAAGUUAAAUGUAAUAAAUCUCUUUAACAUUUCCAAUUUCAGAUGAAUCUCUGGCUUGUGGGGCUAAAAUUGUCAUGAACACGGAGUUGGGCAAAUGUCCCCAAGAUUUAUGUGGGUAUGGACUAUUUUACCGACCGGGGGUGGGGGGUCCUAAUAACAAAGGACAAAAGGGCAAUUUGGCAUACGCUUCUUAGGUCUCGCACUUUUAACACACAUUCUGUAUAAUUUAUUCUUCACCAAUGAGCGAAAUUAAUUUUUUUGAUUACUGCACCCAGUGCACACGGGCGUCUAUCCCUCCCCCCCCCCCUAAGUGGGGGAAUCCUAACCCUCCUCCCCACGGAAUUGGUCAGGUCUGCAUGUAUUGGUUUGCAGUGCUACUUUCAGACAAGUUGUUCCUCCCGAGGGGUGGGCAGUUCACAUGUUCGGGUGGACAGUGUCAGUGGUGGAGCAAUGGAUGGAAGGGGUUGAUUCAAACCCGUUGUCCUUUUUUUUCUUGUGUGUUUUCGGUUACCUGAAAAAUUAUUACCGUGGAAAGGGGUGGCGAAAACCUUGGCCAGUCCAGGGUGGCACUAAUCCUUGCGAUGCCUUUGGGUAGGGCGUCUAUCAAGGUCAAAUUUGGUCAUAAUGACGACCAGGGCCAGAUGUUACUUGCCGCCCCCCCCCUGCUUAACACAAAAUAGGCCUAUUUAAACUUUUGUUUUAAAAUACAAUUCUGGAACUAUAACAUCAACUAGAACGUCUAAUUAACAUUUCGCAUGUUAGAUCAAAGUUUAAGUCCAAAUUGUUACUUGCUUUUUAAAAAAAAAUAUUUAAGUGAUGAAAUAUUUCCCUGUAGGCUGUUCGCAGGAAAUCCGUUGUCUCGUGGACUGGCGUGUAACAAAUUCCGCUCCUGCAACUACGUAAUGGGAGCGUGCAACCCUUUUUACAUCCACAAGCCCAGAAACAUACAAACCCGUCCUUUCUGCGUGUGUAGGCGGACAGCGUCUGCUGAUGCCGGGAGACUUGAAUGUCCGGAAACGGAGGACGAUGGUGGAGAGUGCGAGAUUCCGAAACGUGACCUGUUGAUCAGUCAGUCGAAUCUUGCCUGUCUGUGUUUCUAUCAAAUCCUGGUCGCGUACCCUUACCUGUCCGAGGGUGCAGGCGUUCCGGGAGAUGACAGCCGUGAAGGGAGGGAACUCGUUCAAUGGAUGAUGAGAGAUGACUUGGUUACAGGCCCUGCCAUAACGUAUUCACAGUGCCCUUGUUAAUCAGACGUGCUCUUAUUGUGACAUUCAGAGAUUAUGGAUUAUAGGAAGCUCUAUUUUUGGACAUGACAAAUACUACACGCGGAUGUGUGUAUUAAUCCUGAAAAUGGGCCAUUGCGUGAAAUGUCAUUUAUAAGUAUACGGUCAUGCGCAGUAACUCCACAACCACAUUCUUACUAGGUUUGAUGCUGUGCAACACUAUCACCGAAUUCUACCCUCCAUGGUGCCCCUGUGUUACAUUCUAAGUGAAGUCUGCUCCAAGAUGUCCAUGUGUUACAUUAUAAGUGAAGUCUGGUCCAUGGUGUCCCUGUGUUACAUUCUAAGUGAAGUCUGCUCCAUGGUGUCCCUGUGUUACAUUCUAAGUGAAGUCUGCGCCAUGGUGUCCCUGUGUUACAUUCUAAGUGAAGUCUGCUCCAUGGUGUCCCUGUGUUGCAUUCUAAGUGUAGUCUGCUCCAUGGUGUCCCUGUGUUACAUUCUAAGUGAAGUCUGCUCCAUGGUGUCUCUUUGUUAGAUUCUAAGUGAAGUCUGCUCCAUGGUGUCCCUGUGUUACAUUCUAAGUGUAGUCUGCUCCAUGGUGUCCCUGUGUUACAUUCUAAGUGAAGUCUGCUCCA